AUGCGGGUUUGGAUUAGUGCGGCUACCGUGUGUAUUAUCCAACUUCACCUCGAAGCCGCCGAGCUCCAAAACCACCAAGACCAACAACCAACACCACCACCACCCAGCAUCAACAUAUCCAACCCCAUAUCCGCGCCGCACCUCAAGAUGGCAUCCGCGGAUAGCCCCCAGCACGACGCGCUCCUCCUCCUCCGCCAGUCCAUCGCCUCCUCCACCGCCGCCCUCCCAACCCUCACCUCCACCCCCCCAACCACACCCCAAACCGCCGACGACAUCCCCCUCUCCAGCGCGCAAUACCUCCACUUCCCCCACUCCUCCACCUCCCUCGCCCUCACGACCCCAACGCGCUUCCUCUCCUCCUCCAAACCCGUCGAUUUGAGGAGUAUCUACUUCGCCUGGCUCAAGCGCGAGGUCGCAAUCCCAGACUACAACGCCGCGGCGCUCGCACUCAACACUGCUCUCACCGCUGAUGGCGGGGCGGGGGGGACGGUCCAGAACCUCGCGUUCGUGGAGAGGUUGGAUCUGAUUACAUGGCUUGAGGGCGCGUCGGAGGAGAGCGAGUAUAUCCGUCCUCUUGCAGCGGACGCGGCGGGCGCGGCAGCGAGCGCGCAGGUUGCGGCGGGGAAGGCGGUUGCGCCGGCUGCGGCUGGGGCGGGGGCGAGGAAUCGCACAGUCGAUCCGAGGUUGCAGGAGAUUUAUAACGGGGAGCGGAGGAUGGGUGAUCGGAAUAGCGUGUUGCGCGGUGUGAAGCCUACUGACUUCUCCCACGUCCGCAAAAUCGCCCAAACCUUCAUCGGCCGCAAGCCCGGCGCCCCCGCCUCCUCCUCCCACAGCGCGCGACCCACCGCGCUCCCACACAACCCCAAACCCACCCGCCGCCCCGACCCAAUCAUCCUCGUCUCCCCCUCCGCCUCCUCUCUCCUGCGCAUGUCGAACAUAAAAUCCUUCCUCGAAAGCGGGCUCUACGUCCCCCCCUCCGACUCGCUCUCCACCUCCACCUCCACAAUCCUGCAUCUCUCCCGCAUAAUCCCGUCCAUCGACACAACCCGCCCCAUCCGCUUCAUUGUCGUUGAUUCCCCCGAGCAAUUCAAGCCGGAGUACUGGGCGCGUGUGGUAGCGGUGUUCACGACGGGGCAGACGUGGCAGUUUAAGAACUACAAGUGGCAAGCCCCGCAAGAGCUGUUUAGGCACGCGCUGGGCGUGUAUGUGGGAUGGAGAGGGGAGGCGGUGCCGGAGGCGGUGAGGGGGUGGGGGAGGGGUGUUGUGAGUGUGGCGCUUGAUCCGUGGAGUGGGGGGAAGGAGACGAGGUGGAGGGAUAGGGAGGGGGUGGAGGCGGUGUGGAGGGGGGUGGAGGAGAUUAUGAGGGUUAAGGGCUGGUCGAAGGAGAGUGGGCCGGUCAAUGCUUAGGGGAGGUUGGGGAUGGGUGAGGGGGUGGAUUUGUAGGAUGGAGUGGCGUGCGGGUUUGCUGGGGGCAAGCGGUGCAUUUGGUUGGAGUUUGGUUGGCGUUUGAUAGAUGAUGCCCUUUGAAGGUGGUCUGGAAAGAAACAGCGGGGGACGCAUGUAAGAAGCUGGCUUUGUAGAAUUACACAUUCGGCAAAUUGGCAGGACGAAUGUACACCCCAUAACAUAUCCGUGCUUCCUACCUACAACUCCCACCCAACCCCUGCGUGCACACUCACCCACCAAUCACCACAUCAUCCCCUCUGAUAUCUCACAAGCCAUUCACUCAUACCGCACAAACAAUCCAGUCAUCCUGACGGCAUUAAGAGGCUAUCUCAUUCCUACUCUAAUUUCCGCAUCAUCCAGCCAGCCAUUGGUGUAUGCACCGACGCCUUCCAAACACACAAAGGUCAGUCCAAAGCACCUCCCCGCCAUCUCAUCUUCAGGGUACCCCCCCCCCCAUCCUAAUCCAAAGUAACUUAAAAAAGCAACGACGCAAAAAGAUUAAAAACCAAAAAGCAACAAAAAAAAAGGAAGACGGGGAGCGCCAAAUAAAUGUCUAGAAUGAGCGAUUAUUAUCCUGAUGUAACCUUUCUGCUUUCCCUCCUCCCUCCCCCAAGUCUUCUCUUCUUCUCUUCUUCUCUUCUCUCUUCUCCAUCAUAAAUGCCUGGAUAUGCAUCGUCCAACCCCCCCUUCUCGCGGCCCCUCAGGCGCAGAAGGGCCCGCUGGAGGAGAUCUCGAAGCGACGAAAAGCUAUAAACAAGAAAUCAAAUAAACAAGCAAAAGCUGUAUUACGAGUAGUAUAUUUGCGCGCGCGCGAGAAAAAAAAAUAAAAUAAAAAAUAAAAAAAGAAGCAGCAACAAUAAUAACAGCAACAGCAUCGAGCGAGCAAAAAACCAGCAACAUGUCCUGUUUGCCCCUCCCUUC